AUGGCUAAACGCAUAGUGUUUCUGCAUCCUGAUCUAGGUAUUGGAGGAGCCGAACGCUUAGUUGUUGAUGCUGCUGUGGCCGUACUCCAGUCCGGUUAUAAUGUGAAAAUAAUUACCAAUCACCAUGACCCCAUGCAUUGCUUUGAGGAGACCCUUAAAAGUGAGCUGAAUGUUAUCGUUUCCGGAAGUUGGUUCCCUCGGUCAAUUUUUGGUCGCUGCAUUGCCUUAUGUGCGUACAUCAGGCUUUUGCUUGCCUCGGUCUAUCUGGUUUUCACGUGUAAUCGCCAGAACGAUCUUGUCUUCGUCGACCAGAUUUCUGCUCCGUUAACCUUACUUCGGUUAACAGGUUUCAAGGUGAUCUUCAAUCAUAUUUAUCAACUGUUGACUGACCGGAAAACCACUUUGAAACGCUGGUAUAGAUUCCCUCUGGAUUAUCUUGAGGAGCGAACCACUGGAUAUGCGGACAAGAUCCUUGUGAACAGUCACUUUACAGGCUUGGGCAACCGGGCAGUGUCCCAACCCUCGUACUUCCUUCGGGUGGCAUGUUAG